UGUGGCCGUCGGGCGGGGCCGCUGGGGCCUCCCCGUGCGACACCGGCGGGGCCGCGCCGCGCCAGCGAGGCCCGCCCAGGCCCGAGGAGGGACCGCGCUAUGGCUGCUAACGAGGACCAGGAGAUGGAACUUGAAGCGCUGCGCUCUAUCUACGAGGGAGACGUGUGCUUCAGGGAGCUUAGCCCGGUUUCCUUCCAGUACAGGAUAGGGGAGAGUGGAGAUCCCAAAGCCUUUCUAAUAGAAGUUUCCUGGCCAGAAACAUAUCCGCAAACAGCACCAGUCAUAUCGAUGGAUGCUUUCUUCAACAACACAAUAUCUUCAGCUAUUAAACAAAGUAUAUUGGAGAAGUUAAUGGUAGAAGUUGAAGCAAAUCUUGGAACUGCUAUGACAUAUACGCUUUUUGAAUACGCCAAAGAUAAUAAAGAGUUGUUCAUGGAAAAUCAGCCUGUUAACACUGUGACUUCAGUAAGCAAUAGCAUUGCAACUGGAACUCCUGACGUGCCAGCAAGUAAGAAAAAAGAUAAAAAGGAGCAGUUAUCCAAAACCCAGAAACGAAAACUGGCUGAUAAAACAGAUAACAAAGGAGAACUUCCACGUGGAUGGAACUGGGUGGACGUAAUUAAGCAUGUAAGUAUUUUCAAGUUGGUUUUUUUUUUUAGCAUUAAAAGAUUUGCAAAAUGUAGAACUGUUGCUCAUUUUGGAUUCUGAUUUACAUACUUCUCAAAUGCUUUAAAAUGCUUAGUCCUUCUGAAUAUUACGAGUCAGAGGGCCUUUGAUUCUCCUUCGAACUUUGUUGGUUUAGUAUUUCUUUCCUAUUUAUUGAGCAAUUCAUAUGAGCAAGCAAAUGCAUUGCCAAUAUUCUGUCUUCAGAAUGCAUUGCCAAUAUUCUGUCUUCUGCCAAAAAAGGUGUAAAAUGAGGUUAGUGGAGGUUCUGGAGGGUUCUGCCAGGUUCUGGAAGGCAAUAAAUAAGUAAACAGGAGAAGGAAACUGUCCCAAGCGGGAACACUUUGCUGUCUCCUACAAGCUUGAGCAUUCUCUGCCGCAACUCCAGUGAAUAGUUCUUUUCUACUUGCUCCCUUAGCGUUGAUUUCUUCCACCCUCUUGUCUUUUCUGAUUCGGUAGAAGUCAGUAUAGCUGCUUGACAACUUUGAAAGCAAACUAUUUUAUGCGAUUAUAAGUAAUUCUUGGUGUAGUACCUAACACCAGUUAAGUAAGAGCAAGUAAACAAUGAUGAUGGGUUUGGGCAGAGUCCUUCUGAGCAAAAAGUGGCAGUUCAUAGUGGAUGUCUUAGGUUCCAGAUAGAUUUCACAAUACCUGCACUACAUUUAAUAAUUAUCAACCUAGCUUUAAAAAGAGAGAACUAUUAAGUUGAUGUAUCUUUUUCUAUUGUGUAAAUUUUUGCACGGGAGUUAUCUUUGAGGUGUGUGGAGUUACUUUUUCCCUUCAUUUUUUUUUUUUGGAGAGCUGGUGACAGAGCCUUCAAAUUAAAUAGAAACAUCAUACUGAGGCUUAUCUAGGGUUUUGGGUGGUUGUUUUUUUAAAAUCAGUGUUCAUGUUCAGGAAAUAAGCUCAUUUAGUGUUAAAGCUGAAGAAACAAGUUUUUGAUGCUUUUCAGUCUUUUGCUACAGUAGCAUAAAUAGUCUGUGUGAUUAUAUGUGUGUUCUAUGUAAGAUGGAGAUAAUGUUGUUCUUGUUUCCUAAUAAAUGGAAUGGCAGUCUAAACUUUGAAUACUUUCUUUUUGUGUCUCUUUUAUAGUUAAGCAAAACUGGUUCUAAAGAUGAUGAAUAAAGGACUUUGGUACAAGGAAACUCCACCUUUUAAUACAGUCCAAUUUUGUGUCACCAUCUUUCUCUUAAUAACUUUCAUAUUUGUCAAAGUAAACAUUUUAUAAAGCUCAAUUUCCUAACUGGCAAAGCUAGUCACACAAGUUUAUCUAUGUGGUCUUCUUUGGAAAAAACAAACAAACAAACAACAAACUUGCCUUAAAUGAAGGUUAGAAUGUGACAAAGGAUAUAGAGGGCCAUUGUGGUGAAGUGAAUAAUGCUAUCUGCAGUGUUUAUUAAUUUAUAUCUUACUCUGUAGUAAAAUCCUGUUAUAGUGAACCCAAUGAUACUGUAAACAUUUCAUCAUGUUCUUACUCCAAUUGAAGAAAAAACCACUAUAACAGUGAUUGGUCACUUGACAGCAUAAUUCAUCAAAAUAAAUUAUUCCAUGGAAACA